GGCACCAUUUCAGUUCAGUGUUAUUCAGAACGUUGUUCAGUCUACAUCUAUUUUAAUUGUGAUUUUUUCGGUAAAGUUCGUUGUGAUAAAAAUGGAAAACCCAAGCGAGUUUACUGAGAAACAGCCACCUACCCAGGAGCAACCUACCCACCUGCCGGGUGGGAACGAGGUGGCCCAAAAGUUUCUCGCCGAUUUGGUCGAGAAACAGCCACCCAACCAAGACCAACCUACCCAGGAGCAACCUACCAAGGAGCACCCUACCAAGGAGCAACCUAUCCACCUGCCGCGUGUGAACGAGGUGGCCCAAAAGUUUCUCGCCGAUUUGGACGAGAAACAGUUACCCAACCAAGACCAACCUACCCAUGAGGAACCUACCAAGGAGCAACCUACCAAGGAGCAACCUACCCACCUGCCGCGAGUGAACGAGGUGGCCCAAAACUUUCUCGCCGAUUUGGACGAGAAACAGCCACCCAACCAAGACCAACCUACCCAGGAGCAACCUACCAAGGAGCAACCUACCCACCUGCCGCGUGUGAACGAGGUGGCCCAAAAGUUUCUCGCCGAUUUGGACGAGAAACAGCCACCCAACCAAGACCAACCUACCCAGGAGCAACCUGCCAAGGAGCAACCUACCAAGGAGCAACCUAUCAAGGAGCAACCUACCAAGGAGAACCCUACCCACCUGCCGCGUGUGAACGAGGUGGCCCAAAAGUUUCUCGCCGAUUUGGACGAGAAACAGCCACCCAACCAAGACCAACCUACCCAGGAGCAACCUACCAAGAAGCAACCUACCAAGGAGCAACCUACCAAGGAGCAACCUACCCACCUGCCGCGUGUGAACGAGGUGGCCCAAAAGUUUCUCGCCGAUUUGGACGAGAAACAGCCACCCAACCAAGACCAACCUACCCAGGAGCAACCUGCCAAGGAGCAACCUACCAAGGAGCAACCUAUCAAGGAGCAACCUACCAAGGAGAAACCUACCCACCUGCCGCGUGUGAACGAGGUGGCCCAAAAGUUUCUCGCCGAUUUGGACGAGAAACAGCCACCCAACCAAGACCAACCUACCCAGGAGCAACCUACCAAGAAGCAACCUACCAAGGAGCAACCUACCAAGGAGCAACCUACCCACCUGCCGCGUGUGAACGAGGUGGCCCAAAAGUUUCUCGCCGAUUUGGACGAGAAACAGCCACCCAAGCAAGACCAACCUACCCAGGAGCAACCUACCAAGGAGCAACCUACCCACCUGCCGUGUGUGAACGAGGUGGCCCAAAAGUUUCUCGCCGAUUUGGACGAGAAACAGCCACCCAACCAAGACCAACCUACCCAGGAGCAACCUACCAAGGAGCAACCUACCCACCUGCCGCGUGUGAACGAGGUGGCCCAAAAGUUUCUCGCCGAUUUGGACGAGAAACAGUUACCCAACCAAGACCAACCUACCCAUGAGGAACCUACCAAGGAGCAACCUACCAAGGAGCAACCUACCCACCUGCCGCGAGUGAACGAGGUGGCCCAAAACUUUCUCGCCGAUUUGGACGAGAAACAGCCACCCAACCAAGACCAACCUACCCAGGAGCAACCUACCAAGGAGCAACCUACCCACCUGCCGCGUGUGAACGAGGUGGCCCAAAAGUUUCUCGCCGAUUUGGACGAGAAACAGCCACCCAACCAAGACCAACCUACCCAGGAGCAACCUACCAAGAAGCAACCUACCAAGGAGCAACCUACCAAGGAGCAACCUACCCACCUGCGGCGUGUGAUCGAGGUGGCCCAAAAGUUUCUCGCCGAUUUGGACGAGAAACAGCCACCCAACCAAGACCAACCUACCCAGGAGCAACCUACCAAGAAGCAACCUACCCAGGAGCAACCUACCAAGGAGCAACCUACCCACCUGCCGCGUGUGAUCGAGGUGGCCCAAAAGUUUCUCGCCGAUUUGGACGAGAAACAGCCACCCAACCAAGACCAACCUACCCAGGAGCAACCUACCAAGGAGCAUCCUACCCACCUGCCGCGUGUGAACGAGGUGGCCCAAAUGUUUCUCGCCGAUUUGGACGAGAAACAGCCACCCAACCAAGACCAACCUACCCAGGAGCAACCUGCCAAGGAGCAACCUACCAAGGAGCAACCUACCAAGGAGCAACCUACCAAGGAGCAGCCUACCAAGGAGCAACCUACCAAGGAGCAACCUACCCACCUGCCGCGUGUGAACGAGGUGGCCCAAAUGUUUCUCGCCGAUUUGGACGAGAAACAGCCACCCAACCAAGGCCAACCUACCCAGGAGCAACCUACCAAGGAGCAACCUACCCACCUGCCGCUUGUGAACGAGGUGGCCCAAAAGUUUCUCGCCGAUUUGGACGAGAAACAGCCACCCAACCAAGACCAACUUACCCAGGAGCAACCUGACAAGGAGCAACCUACCAAGGAGCAGCCUACCAAGGAGCAACCUACCAAGGAGCAACCUACCAAGGAGCAACCUACCAAGGAGAAACCUACCAAGGAGCAACCUACCAAGGAGCAACCUACCCACCUGCCGCGUGUGAACGAGGUGGCCCAAAAGUUUCUCGCCGAUUUGGACGAAGAGCGCAAGCGAUUGUCCGCGGAGUUUCCACUUUGCGCACUGCUAAUCGACGAGGCUGUGGACCGUGUCUACGGCACUGGUCAUAUUCCCGGCAAGGAGCGCUUCGCAGACGUGUACCAGCAGAAGCCGAUGAAGAUUACCCAAAAGGUCUUCGUGCCCGUUAAUCAGUUUCCCAAGUUCAACUUCGCUGGCAAGAUCCUCGGGCCCAAGGGGAACUCACUGCGUCGCCUUCAUGAGGAGAGCCAGUGCAAGAUUGCCAUUAAGGGUCGCAGUUCGAUCCGCGAUCGUAACAAAGAGGAGCAGCUGCGCAGCUCCGGCGACCGGAGAUAUGCCAAUCUUGAGAAGAAUCUCUUUCUGGAGGUCAGCACGGUGGCCCCUCCGGCGGAGUGCUAUGGCCGCAUAGCCUACGCCCUGGCCGAGAUUCGUAAGUAUCUUAUUCCAGACAAGAACGACGAGGUUUCACACGAGCAGCUGCGUGAGCUGAUGGAAAUGGAUCCCGAGUUGGCCAAAAACACUAAAGGACUCAAUCUGCCGGCCUACAGAUCUGUCUUUGAAAAGACGAUUGGAGGCAACAGAACUGGGUUUCCCAAGUACAACAACCUGAUUAAGCGAGAUAAAGGAAAUCCGCCCGAAAUCGCCGAUACGGAGGAGGUGGCCUAUAAACAUCGUAUGCCCCCCAGUCGUCCGUCUAUGCGCUAUGAGAACAGAAUACCACGUCCAUCAAUAAUAGCGACAAAGGCUGCGCCAUUUAAACGUCUAUAUCCGUAUCCGACUGACGUGAAUCGUAUGCGCGAACCGCCCAUCAAGUCCUAUAAACCCAAUCCGCAUACAAUACUUAAAAAGCCUAUAAAUAAUAGAGCUCCGGUUGAUUUUGUCGCACACCGCUAUACACGAAAACAAAGGACAAUGCUUGCGUUAUAAAAUCCAUGCUGGGAGCACAUCGAAAAUACUUUAGUCAAGAAGAAAGCAGCAUUCAAAAUGAUGCUAUCAAUGAAUAAACAUUAUAAAACGCAACGCAAGUUUUUUGAACGAUGUCCCACGCCCACUCUAUUGCCAACAAUUUAAUUAUUUUCUUUUCAAUUUCUACCGACAUUCCAAAAAAUAUUGCAAUUUCAUGUUCUCGCUUUGUUUGUUGUUUCUUUCGAAUUCAGAUGUUGAAUAAAACCCAUGCCAGAUA